CGCGUCAAACCUUGAGCGUUUCUUCUCUCUGUAACUAGUCGUGUGGUAUAGCUGUCUAGUGAAUCUGUCUAGCUUCACAUAUUCGAUCAAUGACUUUCAUCUUGAUGAAGAAAAAGAGGUUUAAGUUUAAAGUAGACGUGGAGUUGGAGGAGCUGUCAUCUGUUCCUUUUGUGAAUGGAGUUCUGUUCUGCAAGGUCCGACUCACGGACGGUGGCUUUUCGGAGGAGUCAUCGAGAGAACCGGUUCUGUCUAACUGUGUUAAAUGGAGAAAAAGAUUAUCCUUCUUAUGCAAGAUUAGCGCUAAUGCAGCGACAGGCAUACUGGACCCUUGUGUUUUCCGGGUAUCUGUAAGAAAGGAGGUAAAAGGUGGGAAAACAUUUGCAAAGCUAGGCUUUGCUGAUUUAAACCUGGCUGAGUUUGCUGGAUCAGGAAGCACAACACGGCGCUGUCUACUGGAGGGAUACAACACAAAGAACACACGUCAGGAUAACUCUAUACUUAAGGUGAUAAUCAAUAUGCAGCUAAUGUCGGGUGAUCCCUGCUUUAAAACGCCUCCAUCCACUGCAAUGACCAUUGGUUUUCCAGUAGAUGCAGAGUGUCUUCAUGAAGACAGAAGAGGAGAAACACAGAAAGCAACUCAAAUUUGUACAGAAAACCCAGGAAAAAGUGUCUCCAAUCUAGGUUCUGCUUCUGUUCCGAAUGAACUGGGAAAGUGUGGCCACUCAAGAACCUCAAGCUAUGCCAGCCAGCAGUCCAAGCUCUCAGGCUACAGCACGGGUCACUCCCACUCCUCUAGCCUGACAGAGCUUUCUCAUAGGAGGAAUUUAUCUGUAGGCAGUGCCUCCACAGGGAUUGGCAGCGCCUCCACAGGGAUUGGCAGCCUACCAGAGCCCAGUGAGGAAAGAGAGUGCCUCCCACCUGCCUGUACACCUUUACCCCAACACUUAAUUACACCAUCACACAGUGGCAACUCAGCCAACAGAUACCCUGUAAAGCAGGACUCAGUUGAGUCUCAGCUAAAGAGAGUGGAUGCUACCAGAGUGGAUGCUGAUGAUAUCAUUGAGAAAAUCCUAGAGGGCCAAGACUUCAGCCACAGCAUGCUGGACUCUAGUGCUGAAGAGGAGGGUCUGCGGCUGUUUGUUGGACCAGGAGGAAGCACUGCAUUGGGCACUCAGCACACUAGGGUUGGUGCUGGGGCUUUUGAACAGGUGGUUAUAAAGCGCUAGACUGAAUGUUUGUGGGGGAAGGUGAUGUAACAUCCUGUGUUAAACGUGGGGACAGCAGUUCUCUUCGAUCACAAGCAGUAAUGGACUAUUUGCACUUCUGCUUCUGUGUUCUAAGUGGUGCGGCUCAGGCGUUUCCGGUUACAGCAUUCAGCGCACCUACAUGCAGAGAUUUAUUAAGGGAAGGCAGAUUAUUUCUUUUUUUUAGGGCUGUCAGUUGAUAAAAUCAAUGAAUCAUAUUUAUGCUGCAAACGCGACAUCGCAAUUUUGCAAUCCGCUGAAAUUUGCCUCUAAAUAUAAUUUUUUGUUUUCAAACGUAGCUAAAUUCAGCUCCUGAAUAAUAAAUCAAACAUAUAUAUAUAUAUAACCUGCAGCAGUCUGCCCGUCUCAUUAUCAUCCGUUUCAUUCAUUAAUGAUAUUUCAUACCAGUUGAGAUUCAACGAUAAAUUCCACAAUACAACGAUUGCAAAUGAAUUUUCUUUGGAUAAAUGUCCCAGAUGUAUUUAUUUGUAAAUACUUUAGCUGUUAUUUUACUCUGACCAUGCUUUAAAGUAACUCAGAACAGAAUGAAGCAGUUUUAUUAUCAAAUUAAAUAAAUAACUGCAUUUCAAAUGUUAUAACUCGUUAUCUUUAGCUGCUGUUUAUGCAUUUGCAUUUCAAAAUGUAUCGAUAUACUGUAAUUAUCAGUGAAACAGUGAUACAAAAUAAAGAUUAAAACAUUUAAUAAAAACAGGUUGACGCGUGCGUUCACCGCAUCUUUCUCCUUCCUCACACAUUAAAUAUGGCAGUGACUGAACCACGUAGUUGUUUAAUUCAAAAAGCGCCACUGGUGCUGAUUUGUCUCCUUUAACCUUUUGUCAUUAGUGUUUCAAGCUGAUCUGUGGUUAAAUGUCUGCCACAGACCUCCGUGUGAGGAGAAACGGUGAAAUGCGCUUGGUUGGAGUAUAUACCAGCCAUUGCUUUCUCAGAUCAGUUUGGGCUGAAUUAAAGAAAAAACUGCUCUUCCACUGAAUUUUGAAGCUGUACACGGUACUGUUCCGAAUAUUUCUUCUCCCUCUGAAAAGAUCUGUACUGUAAAAUGCUCUUUCAAACACACAUUUUAAGUGCCGUUUCGGGAACUAGGCAACAACGGCGCAUGUAAACAUAUUUAACCGGAAACUAGUGGGCCGCACUAUUUCAACACUGAAGUACCUCAUGAGGAUCAGUGCAAGUAGACGCAUUCGUGGGCUCUGGGAAGAUGGGAUUCUACUAACAACAUCUCAUGGAUUUGGAAAGAUACUCCGUCGCUGGAAUCUACGUUUACAAGGUGUAACUGAAAGGGAAGGUGAGGAUAUAAGAGCAGAAUCCAUCUGUAUCUGUGACGCAACGUUACCAGGUGGAGGACAAAUUCUAGCAGACAAAAUGGACACAGGGACAUCCCACAUUGGGAUGAGGCUCCCAAAUAGUUCACAAACUCGACCUAUCAUUAUUCAGUUUUCAUUGCGGGAGAGGAGAAAUGGAGUAUGAAAGCAGCGAGGACGGAGGAGUUUCUGCAUGCCAACAUCGUUUGUCUGAAGAUCGUAUCGCUUCUGAUCGGGAAAGAAGUUAGUUGCUCUGGCUGACUGUCGAAAAAGCUCGAAAGGGGAGAAAAAUGGCUCACUUUGCGUGAGACCGUGCUUUCAUUGAUGGAACUGAAAUCGACCCACUGUAACAUGGUUGAUUGUUAUGACUGGUGGAUGUAAGCUAACAUUUUGCUCAAUCUUACUUUGACUUUUCUUAUGCUGCAGAUUUAUCUGAUUUUGCUAGCCAGUUACAGGUGCACUUUUAUUUACUGAGAGUUGAGCUAAUUUGGUCAUUUUGUUCUUUGUUAUUUUUGUUGUGUUCUUUUGAAUGUUUUUUUCCAUUGUUUCUCUCAAUGCCAGGGGGUUACGAUUUAAUGUUACAUGUAAAGCAUUGUUUUUGUAUGCAAAAUAAUUUAGAACAGUUUUUUUAUUUUACAGGAGUCUCAAUCCAUUGGUAAUGAUACUACAUUUUGGAAAAAUCAAUGGGGAGAUGAUAUUUGAAUGGCUCAUGGAAAACCAAUUUGCUGGGGAAGUUUUAUAUAAUUACAGUGAUCCUAAGGGGCACUUUCUUUUAUUAGUACUUAGUCUUAAUCACUUUUUUGUGAUAAUGAUAAAUAUUUAUGGUUACAAUACUUCUAUCAAGAAGACUUGCAGACUUGAGUGAAAUUCAAGAUGACAUUUAUUUGAUGAAUAUAAAACAGAAAAGUAAUGUCUCUCUUUGGGGUAGGCCACGUCUGGCGGUCCGAAGAAGUUGUACUCAGAACCGUCAUAUCCUGCCGGAGAUAGGAGUUAGGGGCGAGGAGCCUACCCCCAUGCAGGACGGGACUCAACUGGUGGUGGUGGGGUGGUGGAGGUUGCUGUGUUAGCACACUGAAACAGCAAUGUGAUAGAUUGUGAGCAGACUUAUAAAGCAACGGCUUGCAUGUGAUUGGCUAGGAAUUACCCAGCUAAUGGUGCGAUGAUGUACAGCUGCUAGUCUUCCUGCUAGAACUAUGCUGCACUUUCAUUUCUCAGGAAAAGGCCGGUUGUUUGAAGAGAUAUGAGAAAAUAUUCUGUUAUGACUUAAUAUGCAGCCAGAUGCAUUCAUUUGUGUUGGUGGGGAUUUUAACAGUUCCUGAUAAUAGUAUUAACAGACUACCCCUCUGCUUCUCCUAAUUCCAAAUGGAAAAUAUUCAUGGACAAAUUUGAUUUAAUUGGUUUCUGGAGGGAGAAGUUUCCAAAUGUCUCACUAUUGCUGAAGUGACUUAGGCUAUUGUAGGUUUUAAGAACAACAAGUCCUCUGGAACGGAUGGCCUGACAGCUGAGUUCUAUAAGAACUUUGUUAUAGAGCUGGCAAUGUUCUUGCCUGAGAUAUUUUUGGAAAAUCUCCAAUCGGAAUCUCUCCCUCCUAGUUUAAAACAGGGGCUACAUACCUUGAUACCUAAACCUAGGAAAGACAUCUUGUUGAUAGACAAUUGGCAUCCCAUCUGUCUUCUCAGUAAUGAUUAUAAGGUGUUAGCCUUCAUUUUAGCCAAAAGACUCAAGCUUGUCCUGGGUUCUUUUAUAGAUGAGACCCAAUCAGGUUUUAUAUAGAAGACAUAUAGCUAACAAUACAUGUCUUGUCUUUGAUUUAUUAGACUAUGCCAAACUGAUUAAUGAUGAAAGUUUUAUUUUGUUUCUAGAUUUUUACAAAGCCUUUGACGCUCUUGAACAUGAGUGUAAAGGGAUUUAGACGGGCAAGGAGGAGGCGAGAGCCGGCUUGACAAUAUAAAUAAUAUUUUAAUGAAAAACUUAAACAAAAGACACAAACACAAACAUGACGGUCAACUGACCAUAAACGAUCUCUCUCUCAUCACACCACCUUCCACAGUAAGCCUUUAUCCCUCUCGGAGGCUUAAUUAGCAUGAUAAGGGACCGGGUGUGUAUGAUCACAACCUGGCCCCACCCUCCACCCUGUCACAAUGAGUUUAUUCUACAAUCCUUUACUAAGCUUGGUUUUGGUGACUCCUGUAAAUCUAUUAGAACUUGUUACAAAAAUGGCUACUGUAUCAAUCUUAAAUCAGGAUUUGAUUUGUUAAGAGGAGUUUGUCAGGGAUAUCCUGUGUCUCCUUACGUGUUUCUUUUAGCUGUCCAACUCACAUCUUCUAUUUUGAGUAGUCAUUUGCAAGGUAUUGUUAUUGCUGACAAACAUAUUCUUAUCAGCCAGUGAGCAGAUGAUACAACUUUGUUUUUGAAAGAAUCACAGAUCCUUAUUGCUAUCGACUAUAUCAAAUAAUUUUCCAAAACUUCUGUCCUAACUUUAAAUCUUGAUAAAUGUGAGUUGUUAAGCUAUUAAAACCUGCCCUUCUCCCUCUUUGUGUGGUAUCCCAGUUAAGACACAGGGGACAUAUUUGGCAUAGUUAUAUGUUAAGGAUGAUAGUGCCAGAUGUAGAUUGAACAUUGACCCAGUGGUUGGAAAGGCAAAAAGGAACUUUAAUUCCAGGUUACAGAGAGAUUUAACGUUAAGAGGAAGGACUCUCCUUGUUAAAGCUGAGGGUAUUUUGAGAAUGACCUUACCUGCUCUUUCUCUGCAUGUUGAUAAAUCUGUAUGUACAGACAUUGACAGAAUGCUUUUUGACUUUUUAUGGAAACAUUAUGUUUGGAAAAAUCUGUUGUGAUAAAUCAUCAUGACUGUGGUGGUCUACAUUUCAUAGAUUUUGCCUCCUUGAACAAUACCUUUAAGAAAACUGGCUGAAGCAAUUCUUGACCAAUCCUGAUUUAAUUUGGAACACCUUUCCCAAUGACAUUUUUGACAGUGACAGUCUUCAUUUUUUAUUGAUGUGUAAUUACAGUAUUUCUAAAUUGCCCCUUAAAUUGUCAAAUGUUCAUAAGCAAACACUUCUGGCCUGGCACCUGAUUUAUAAGCAUAAUUUCAGCCCGCACCAUUAUUUUAUUUGGAAUAACCGGGACAUUCUUUAUAAAAAUAAGUCUUUGUUUCCCCCAGAUUGGUUAAAAAAAAAAAACAUAAUUUUGGUUUCUCAAUUAAUAAAUACUGAUGGCAAGUUGCUUUCAUACUCAAAUUUUUUAAGAUGUAUACCAUACUUGUUAAUCCACGAGAAUUUGCUGAAAUGAAUGCCAUCCCUAAUGGGGCCACAUUGUUGUUACCAUAUUCAGUUAGAUCUCAGUCUUCUUUGUAAUGCCUGUAAUACAUCCUUUUGAAACCAUAACAGGGAAAGUUUGCUUCUUAUCCAAUCCUUCUGCUCGAAACAGGAGAAUUAGUCAGCUCUUUCAGAAUGUGAAAGUUCAGAAUGUUCAGAAUUUGGCCCAUCCAUUUUGUCUUAUUGGAGCUACUAUUUUGCUGACGUCCCAUGGAAGAAAGUCACAUAAAUAUUUGAUCACCAAAAAGUUCAAGUAUGUGUCCUAUAAAUUCCUACUCCAGUUUUACCCUGUUCAGCUUUAUUUAAAAAAUAUAUAUCCAGAACUUUACCCCCUGUUUGCUUUCUGUGUUGCUGAAGAGGAGUCUGCCUUUUAUAUUUUCUGGGAGUGAACACAUACAGCAACUUUUUGGAAAGACUUUUGUAACUUUAUACGGGUAUGUCUGUUUUUCCUGUAUCAUACAAAGAUGUCAUAUUUGUUAUCAUUUUUAUAACAUAUUAUAUUAUACAUUUAUUUAUUUAGCAAAAUUUUUAAUGCACAAAUUUACAUUUUAGUGUGUUGUGCCCUCUUUUGGUAUAUUUUGUAAGGAUUUGAAAAUCUAUUUUGGUUACUCUUGCUACCUCCAGCAACUCUAAAGCCCUAACAACCUGUUCACUCUGUGACUUUUAGAACGUUUAUAUACUUUUAUAAUAUGUUUUUAAAUGUUUAUGCAUGUAUAUCCCUGGCAUUUUAGUUCUACUUUUUGCAAUAAUAAUAAAUAAAAAAUAUAUAUCGUGGGCUUUCGGGAAAUCAGUGCUCUCCCUAGUGGCCAAAUCGGAGAUGUUCAGGGUUAGAUGGCUUUGACAACAGACAGCUGCUCUGCUAGCUCAAAUUAACCGGAAAUGCUUUGAUUGGUACUCUUAUGUACAAAAAUAGACGAUAACUGUGUCUCGUUUGGAAGGCUACGUCCUCCGGAGGUCGCACUUGUCGGCCGCAUACAUCAUCGACUUGUUUCAUUUUUCAUAAUUAUAUUUGUCUUUCUUUUUCUUAUUUUGUAUCUAUUGUAAAUGCCUUUUAUGUAUAUGCAAUUAAAUGUAUACAAUUGUUAACCUUUUUUGCAUUCCCAAUAAAAAAAGUUUAAAAAAAAAUGAAACGAGACAAUUGUGACCUCCGGAGGACACAGCCUUCCAAAUGAGACACAGUCUAGUUAUCACAAUAGUUCAAAAAAUGGGACCAAAUGCCUGCAUGGUGGAAUUGAAAACGGUCACCAUCACAGAUAAAAUGUGGGACGUUUUAUACAGUUUAAUAAUGUCAAGAUUUAUUUUAAAGAAUAUAUAUUUUAAUGGAGGGUAAAAAAAAAAAAAAGUGCAAUUUAUGGGAUUUCAUGUUGUAUAUUAUAAAACGUAUAUUUGUGUGUAGAAUGCUGUGUAUGAGGGAAAACAAGAACAAUGGGUUACAACCCCAAUGCCAAAUGCUAAUAAAAACAAAAAGGAGUGAUUUGUAAA